GAGAAAGAGAGAGAGAGAGAGAGAGAGAGAGAGAGAGAGAGAGAGAGAAAGAACGAAGGAAAAAAGGGUGGGAGUUGGCUCCGCAAGCUCGCGGCUUGCAGAAAGAGCGACGGGGACGAUAAGAUGUGAGCGGAGCGAAAGCGCGCAAGGGAAGCCGGCCGACGAAGGCUUGCCGCCGCCGCCGCCACUCGGGAUUGCUGAGAGACAGAGACUGUACCUCCCACUACUAUCUCUCUCUCUCUUUCUCUCUGUCUUUCUGUCUGUCUGUCUCUCUCUCUCUCUCUCUCUCUCUCUCUCUUUCGUUCAUUCGCUCUCCACCGACAGGCUCUUUCAGUGUUCGUUCGAACGCGGCCCCGUACGGUUUUGCCGGCUCGUGGCCGAAGAAUUCUUUUUCUCUCUCUCUUUCUUUCUCUUUCUCUCCCUUUCUCUAUCUGUCUCUCUUUCUCUCUUCGCCAUGGGAGCACACUGCCGCGGUGGUGAAAAAACCGAGGGUAGCCCUCGGUAGCCGAGCUUACCCCCGCUUACUCGCGCGCGCACUUACGCACGCACGCACACUAAAACACACACACCCGCAUACAUACAUACAUACAUAGAUACAUACAUACAUACAUAUAUACUCACAAACGCACGCAUCACACACACGUACAUAACGCACGCAUCAAUACACGUAUAUACAGUCAUAUACAUCCACAAAAGACCGGCUAUCGGGACAUUCGUCCGGGGCUUCGCAGAGAGAACGCGCGCGGGCGUGCGCGAUCUUUUGCGAUCGGUCGCUUAUAGGGAGUGCGAGUGAAAGUGUCGUUUGCUGAUCAACGAGGAUGGACCAACCCUCAUUGUAACGAUCAAAGUCGUAUAGCCUUUUGAACGUGUAGAAAUGUAGAGUGAAGAUCGCCGGUAGCGUCUCGAAGAGAUUCUGUCCGACUGAGAUAAAAGAAAAAGGGUGGGAAGAAGAAAGAGAAAAGAAAAGUAAGGAAGGAAGGAAGAGAGGAAGGAGAAAGGAAAGAGAAAAGAAAGAAAGUAAAAAAGAAGCAAGAUGUCAGGAAAUUAUACGGUACGCUGCGAACCGGGUUUGAUGAUACCGAUGUGGACACCCAUAGAGAACCUACAUCUGAUAGACGUGAUCUUUCGAGGAGUCGUUUAUUUCUUUCUGCUUUUGUAUCUGUUCAUCGGUGUAUCGAUCAUUAGCGAUCGGUUUAUGGCAGCGAUCGAGGUAAUCACGUCGAAGGAAAAGGAAUUGGUCGUACGCCGACAGGGUAGAGAGCCAACGAUAGUCAUCGUUCGAGUUUGGAACGAAACUGUGGCUAAUUUAACCUUGAUGGCUCUUGGUAGUAGCGCGCCCGAAAUACUUCUCUCGAUCAUUGAGAUCUGGGCGAAAAACUUUCAAGCGGGCGAAUUAGGUCCGGGUACGAUCGUCGGCUCGGCGGCAUACAAUCUCUUCGUGAUCAUCUCCCUCUGUGUGUUCGUAAUACCGAGCGGCGAGACGCGAAAGAUUAAGCAUCUACGGGUCUUCUUCGUGACGGCCACGUGGAGCAUAUUCGCUUACGUGUGGCUCUACGUGAUACUAGCGGUCUCGAGUCCGGGCGUUCUCGAAGUAUGGGAAGGGAUAUUGACGUUUACAUUUUUUCCUGCGACCGUAUUAACCGCUUACGUAGCCGAUCGACGUUUACUCAUCUACAAGUAUCUGCAUAAGGGCUACCGAAUGAACAAGAGAGGAGUAAUCGUUCAGGCGGAGGCAGGCGAUUCCGACGGCGGAGUCGAGCUCGAGAUAAAACCACAACAGGAUAGCUUUCAUACGGUCGAUCGGUUGGCCGACGCUGAUACGCCGGAAGCGCGGGAGUUCGAGCAAACACGUCGGGAUUAUAUUAAUACCUUGAGGGAACUUAGAAAGAAGCAUCCAACAUUGCCGUUGGAACAACUCGAAGUGAUGGCGCACGAGGAAGUACUCGGUAAGGGACCAAAGAGUAGAGCGUUCUACAGGGUCCAAGCUACUAGGAAAAUGGUCGGCGCUGGUAAUCUCAGUAGGAAGAUCAGCGAGAGAGCUCAAAGUGAUCUUAGCGAGGUCAAGGCCGAGUUACAGAAGGCCGAGGCCGAGAGUAUCGAUAUCGAAAACGUAAACGCGAUGAGAAUCUUCUUCGAGCCAGGACAUUACACGGUGAUGGAGAACGUCGGUACUUUUGAGAUCGGUGUCACCAGAGCUGGCGGAGAUCUGAACAAAUCCUGUACCGUCGAUUAUUCCACCGAAGAUGGCUCCGCCGAGGCUGGCUCUGAUUACGUUAGUGCCAAAGGCACCUUGACCUUCGAACCUGGCGAGACCAAGAAAACGAUACAACUCUCCGUUAUAGACGACGAGCUUUUCGAGGAGGACGAACAUUUUUACGUCAGAUUGAGCAACGUUUCGCAGCCGGCCAUGUUGGUGUCACCAAGCUUAGCGACGGUGAUGAUUUUGGACGACGAUCACAGCGGAAUAUUUGGCUUUCCCGAGAGGGACAUCGAGCUCGUAGAAAGCGUCGGACAAUAUCCUUUGCGGGUGGUGAGAUACAGUGGCGCCAGAGGACGCGUCAUCAUUCCUUAUCGUACGAUCGAAGGAACUGCGAAACCAGGAAAGCAGUAUGUUCACACCGAAGGAUCUCUCACUUUUGAGGAUAAUCAAACCGAAAAAACUGUCAGUAUGGAGAUCAUCGAGGAAGACUCUUACGAAAAGGACGCUCUCUUUUACGUUGAACUUGGAGAACCACAGUUACAAGGAGCGAUACGUGAUUUUUUGAUUUUAGCCGAAGCAGGAAUCGCCGUAGCCGCGGAGUUGAAACAGCCCGAAGAAAGGACGGAGGAAGAAAAAAUGGCACUCCUGGGUAAACCAAAACUUGGUGAAGUGUCUAAAGCGCAAAUAAGGAUUAAAGAAUCAAAGGAAUUCAAGAAUACCGUGGAUAAACUCGUUCAAAGGGCGAACGCUUCGAUAUUGCUCGGGACAAGCUCCUGGAAGGAACAGUUUACGGAAGCAUUGACCGUCAGUGGCGGCGACGAAGAGGACGAUGCGGAAGGAGGAGGUGGAGGAGGAGGAGGAGGAGGAGGAGAGUCCUCGUCUCCAACACCAGCCGAUUAUCUCAUGCACUCUAUCACUAUCUUCUGGAAGGUCCUCUUUGCCUUCGUGCCACCUACCGAUAUCGCCGGCGGUUAUCUGUGCUUCGCUGUCAGCAUAUUUGGAAUCGGGGUGGUGACGGCAGUAAUCGGUGAUAUCGCAUCCUACUUCGGAUGUACUCUCGGUAUCAAGGAUUCCGUCACCGCGGUCGUCUUCGUUGCUCUUGGUACAAGCAUUCCUGACACGUUCGCGAGCAAGGUGGCUGCUUGCCAGGACAAGUACGCCGAUGCGAGCGUAGGAAACGUGACCGGAAGUAACGCGGUAAAUGUCUUCCUGGGAAUCGGUAUUGCGUGGAGCAUCGCAGCCAUUUACCAUGCCUGCCACGGUGACCAAUUCGUUGUGGAGCCCGGCAACUUGGCCUUCUCCGUAACGUUGUUCUGUACGGAAGCCUGCUUGGUGAUCCUGGUGUUGCUGUUAAGACGGACGAAGAGCAUCGGCGGCGAGCUCGGUGGGCCUUUUGUACCGAAACUCUUAACGUCCGCCUUUCUCUUUUCCCUAUGGCUCUUCUACCUCAUCAUGUCCACCCUUGAGGCCUAUGGCAUAAUCCAAGGCUUCUAAAUCGCCAUCGCUAUGUGCGAUGCCAAACGUUGGCCUACCGAAGCUACGUUUAUAUUCGAUCUUGCAUUCGUCCGCCAAGAUGUGCGCUCAAGAAAAUAUUCUAUUGGACAGGAGGAAGUGAAAUCAAACGAACGAACGAACGAACGAACGAACGAACGAAUGAACGAACGAACGAACGAACGAAAGAAAGAAAGAAAGAAAGAACGAAACACCCCUGGCGAGAGUGCGUCGAAAAGGAAGGAUGUUCACCCCCUCCUGAUCCCUGGAAUAAAAUGAACAACGAACGUGAUUGCGUGAAGUAUAAAUGCGUGCAUACGUGUGCGUACGUGUGCGUAGGAUACGUGAGAGAGCGUGAGUAUGAUUGUUUGCAAAUAAACAAAGGAAGGAUAAUAAAGAAGAGAGAAAGAAAAACAACAAAAAGAAAAAAAGAAAAUAGAAGAUAGAAGAGGAAGAAGAGGAAAUAGAAGAAGAAAAAGGAAGAGGAGAAGAAUCGUGCGAGAGUGACACAGUAAGAAAUAAUUAGAAGAAACAAAAAAAGUGUAUGUCUGUGUGAGUAUCAAAGCGAGUUUGCCUUAAACUAAAAAUUAAAAGGAAUGAAAGAUUAGAUAAGGACGUAAUUCUAGUCAAGAUUCGACCUUUAUCCUGUUUAUCGGAAUGGUUGGACGAAUUUACGUGUAUCGAAGUUACAAAAAAAAAAAAAAAGAAAAAUAAGGAUAAUAAGAGAAGGAGAAGAAGGAGAAGGAGGAAGAAGAAGCAAAAAAGAACAGAUAAGAAGAUAAAAGUAUAUUAUAUAUAGGUACAUAGCGUACUUAUUUCAUUCUUUGAAAAAGACACAGGUUUCUAGAAUAUUUUAGUAGAGGAUCGUAUAUUGACAUUUUCUUUAUUGCCAGAGAAACGAUAUUCGCUAAUUUUAUAUAACGCGUACAUUAUCGAUACGUCACGAUUGACGUAAACGAUCGAAUUCAUUCAUCGACGUUCGACGAUGACAAUGUCACGUUUCGCGGCGAUUUAACAAGAAAAAAAAAUAAAAAGAAAAAGAAAAAAAAAAGGGAAACAUUUUUUAUCGGAUCGAUUUUGAACAUUUUUUAGUUUGCAUCCAAGUUCGAUUAAAAUCAAAAAAAAAAAAAAAAGAAAAAAGGAAAAGAAAAAUGCUAGAUGGUCGAUAUAGGUUUUACGAAACUUUCUUCCAAUUGGUUUCUCCUUUUCUAUCCUUCCUUGUUUUCAACCAAACUUUUUUCCUCCGUUCUAUUUUAAACAAAUCCAUCAACGUUUCGCAAUAUAAAAUAACACGUUGAUCCAUUUCAAUUUCCUCGUAUAACGUUUUUCUCGGCGAUUUCGAAAGAUGAUUUCGUUUGAUUCCCUGCCUCUAUAUACAUAUACGCUCGUCGCGAUGAACGAAAGAAAAAUAAGCGUUAAACUGCGUAACACCGCGUUACACAAUACAAAAACAUGAUCUUAUCUUCGAAUAAGUUAGGAGGAAGUUAUGAAUUAUUUAACGGUUAUUUCGAGAACUAUGGUAACUUCGACGUAAACGCCAGAGAAAAUAUACCUUUUUCUUUAUUUACUUUUCAAGAUAACCGGUAGCAACAACAACAAAAAAAGCUUAACGAUCGAUUACGCUUUAAUGUGAUUAAUAAGAUAUUACUUUAAAAUCAAUAGAACUGCAGGGAUUUAUUUUGUUUGUUUGUUAAAUAAUAAACAUCCGUUCGAUUUGAAAUAUGAAAUCAGCGUAUUUUGUCAGCGUACAAAGUCGAGAGGAAUUCUUUAAGAGUUGGUAUGAGAAUUAGCUCGUAAUAAACUUUAUUAAUGAUAAGACGUAUUUAUAAUAUAUUAUAACGAAAUGAAACAUAUUUGUUGUUGUUAUAAAGAUAAUUAGAUAGAAUUUAUAAUUAGACGAAAGAGAUCCUAGAGGGGCAACAAAAUGCGGCGGCCUUCGUUCGAAUGUCAAAGUUUUCGUUAAUGUUCACACUGCCUUUGAUCGAGGGUCGCGUUGAUCUAAUCCUAAAUAUCGUUCUGGAGAUAUAGAAAUGGACGAUCUUACGCAAUGCCGAUGAUUCAUUAAGGAGAAGUAAAAGUUAAAAGGACGAAUGGAGAUAAGAAAAAUAAUGAUUUCUUAUAUGAAAGAUAUAUUCGUUAGAGAAAACGCGUUCAAUGUCCGUGUAGUUUUUUGUCCUAUCGAUAUCAAAGGCUGCGCGUUAAUGCAAAUAAAAAUUGUAAUCGAUCUUGAUCGAUCAAUGAUCGUCCUUGUCGUUGUCGGUUCGAUGCCAAAUAGUUGCACGAAUGCUCGCGAUCGUCCUAACGUUUUCGAAACGUUAUUUGAAUUGUAUUUCUUUUUACCUAAUAAUAAUCAUUUUCUUAGAUUCCGAUCUCGAUCUACCUAUUAUAAGAUUCGUUCUACGCUUAUGCCGAUCGAAAUUUUGUCUGUCGUGAAGCAGGAUAAAAAAACCAAAAAGAGAACAAGAAAAGAGAAACAAACGAAAAAAGACGAUUGCGAGUAAAAAGUACGAUUCAAAUGAUAAUCUAACGUUUCGAUAAAAAAAAUAAUCGAAAAGUAAAUCGGCAAUUCGAUCGGUUGCGAUCGAUCGUACCGACGCACAAACAUAAAAUAUCUAAAAACCGAUCUACAAGCCGACGUACUUAUUAAAAAGCAUAUAUUGUUUCACAAUCUUCGAAACUCUUUCUUUCGUUCUUUAAUACUCAUGAUUAAUCGAUCACAAUUUUGGAAAAUUAAAAGAUAGUCGAAUCUUAUUAAUUAAUAAUAAAAUGAAAAAUAAGAACGAGGGACACGAGGGGAUUUAAUAAAAUUCUAUCAAAACUGAGAAAAAAAGGAGAACGAAUAAGAAACGAUACAUAUAUCUUUUCCACGAUCGAUACACUUAUCUUUUCCAGUUUUUAUUCGACAAAUAUUCAAAGAUUCUCUCGAAAAUGUCAGUCCCAAAGUUAGCUCAAUUUCGAAUAGUAUCGAAAAAGGAUAAAAAGUGUCCCAGUUAUUCGUCGUCUUGUCAUCGAGAGAGAAAGAGAAAGAUACACGAAGAAAACGUCAGAAAGCGAAAAAUGAAAAAAGAAAAGGGAAAAUGAAAAAAAAAAAAUACAAAAAUAAAAAUCGUUAAGCAAACAUUUCAAUCGUACUUGUUCGUCUGCCAGGCACAUUACGGGGAAUACGUGUGAGUUUUUGCGAAAAAGUCUCACGUACUUACUUAAAUUCGCCGUCGCGUAGUUCGACAGCAGAAAAUAUAUAUGUAUGUAAAGAAAAUAGAUAUAUAUGUAUGUAAAUAUAUAUAUAUAUUACAUAUAAAUAUACCUAUAUAUACAUAUAUACGUUAUAUACAUACGAUGCAGAUAUUUUAAUAAAAAGCAAAGAGAUUCGAGAGAGUUUUAAUAUUAUUACAUGUAUUAGAGGAACAUAUACGAAGAUAUGCUCAAUAGCAAAGCACUAAAGUGAUAAACCGUAAACGAGAUCUCGAUGGUUUCCGAUUUCUCGUCGUUCGAUUGCUAUAUGAUCAAACGCUGUAGAGAUGAAAAGAAAAGAAAUAAGAAAGAAAUUAACGCGUGAAUGAGAAAAUCUCUUGCGUUGGAAAAAAAAAAAAGGAAAAGAAAAAUAUAGAUCGGAAGUACACAUAGAUGGCUGCUUCAUACGUAUGAAUAAUCUAACGAUAAAAAAUAAAUUUAACGCGUUAACGCCUAAAACCCCGUUAUAAUUUCACUAGAAUCGUUCGACGAUAGAAAAAUCAAAUGAUAGUUAACCAUGAAAACGUUAAUCUCGCGAGACUUCGACCUUGAAUUUACAACUGGUUCGAUACUAACUUCUUUAACGUGGGAUACUUUUAUCGUAUCUCAUUAUCAGUUGAAGUAAUAAAUUAUUAAACGUAUCUUUCGGCGAGAGAGAUGACAUCAAUCGUCUUCUUUCUUUCCGUAGGAAUGAUAAUAACGCGAUAAAGAACAAAACAGAGAGAGAAACGAAAUAAGGAACAAAAGAAACAAAAGAUCAAAAAAGAACAGAAUGCAACGUGUUACCUCAGCGAUUGUUCGUUCACAGCAUCGGCGAAAAGAAUUCACGGAGACGAGCGAUCUCUUCUUUUUUUUGCAUUUAAUGUUCGAAAUUUUGAUCCAAAGGAUCGCGCCGAUAUAGAGAGCCUACAGCAAAUUAAAUCAUAAGCUACGUUCAUUGCGUUGCAUCUCCCGAAACGCACCGUCCAAAAUUUGAAAACAAAAAAAUAAAUGAUAUUCGAUGAUCUUAUAAAUAUCACGUCCAAUCGCGCUACCGACGAAACAUACUAAUAUUUCUUAUUAUCGUCGACAAACGAUUAUCUAAUAUUUCAAAUGAAUUACGCAUUCGACUGUAUACUUCUUUGAGUGACUCUCAACUAUGUAUAUAUAUAUAUGUACAUAUGUAUAUAUAGACAUAUAUAUGUAUAUAUAUAUAUACAUAUAUGUAAAUCUUCUUCGACUACAUAAUUAAUUACUUUUAUCAUCAUCCGUGCCUUAAUAUCGUUCCCGCAUAAUAUCGUGCUUGUCGUCCUAAGAAUAAUUUAAUUGCAACACAUCGAUUCUCUAGAUUUCGUAAUAUCAAAUGAAAAUUAGAAUAUCUAAUCGUCUUCCGCGCGAUUGGCGUGUUUAAACAUAUUCAGAGAAGAACAACAAAAUUGUUCUCUUCCCGGCUAUUAAACGUAACGAAAAAGAAAGAGUUGAUAACGAAUCAGAAAAAGAAAUAGAAAAACAAAAAUGGAAAGAACAAGAAAUUCGGGCGUUUCGUGGAUCGAUUAGAUUUUUAGCUAGUUAGUCAGUUAGUUAAUUAAGAUGUUCAAAGGUAUAUGAGCGAGAUUUUAAAAAAAAAAAAAAAAAAAGAAAAAAAAAAGAAAAAAACUACGAAAAUAUCCUUCUAUCGUAUACAUACCAUUAUAGCGAUGAGACGAGUAAAUAAUACGUUGUAAAAUAACUUUUAAGAGUAAAUGGGUAGAUCAACGAUCGAAAAAAAGAAAAAAAGGAAAAAAAAAGAAAAGAAUUACCGGAAAAUAAAACGGAACUUAAAAGUAUGAGUCAGCCAAUCUGUGUUAAGCAAGCGCAAUCUGUUUUAAGUAAAGAGCCAAAAUUUGAUCUUCGACUAAAUUACAUAUAAAGGUGUGUGUGCAUAUAUAUAUAUAUACACACAUAUAUAUACAUACAUACAUACAUACAUACACACACACCUAUAUAUAAAAGUUGAAGAAACUCGAUGUCUACAUCGAGUGAAAUCUUUGCGAGUAAAAAGAGUAUAGGUAAAAGAGUAAAAAGAGUAUAAGUAUCGCAUUAAAAAAAUUAUUCUAUGGUAAUAUCGUCAACAACCAACAACAAUAACAACAAAAAGAAAAAUAUGUAUAUCUACGAGUCAAUCGAUGUCACUCAACCGAUCUCCCUAUCGUAGUUUGACAUUUUGUUAACUCGUUGAAAAGGGAACGCACGACGUUUAAAUGGCCAGCCCUAAUUUUUUCUCUACCUUGCGUACAAGUUAUUGAUAACUCGAUAAAGAAUAUAAAACAAUUGAUAGCAUCGAUCGAAUUUUAGAUUCGCGAUGUAUUUAUGUAAAUGCAAUUAUCCGAUAUAUCGUGAUAAUAAUUACGAAUUAAUUAAACGGCAAAAUCAAUUUUAACAUAUGUACAUACAUAGUUAGAUGCAGGAAUUUAGUUACAUUUAGAUGACCUUGAUAAUUUAUACUCGGAGUAUAAUUCUAUAUACUCUUGUCUCUUUUCAUACUUUCUUCUUCUCUCUCGUUCUCACUCGUUUCCCUUUUACUCGUUCGCCUUUAUUAUAUAAGUACAUACAUAUAUAUUAUAUAUAUAUGUGUGUGUACCUAUAUCCUAAUUCUUCUCUAUCUUCUCCUUAUUCCACGAAAUAUAAUAUCUGAAAUUUUAGCUCGUCUAUUUAUUAGAAUUCGAGAUACUUAAAAUUCUCAAGUAGAUUCAACGUUACAGAAGACAAUUUUAUCGGGAAGGCUAAGGCGCUUAUUCAUAUUUUUAUCUUAUAAAGGAGUAAUAUAUACGAAACGAACUCCUUCGAUCGGAUUCAAUUUGAAAAAAAAAAAAAUAAGUAAAUAAAUAAAAAUUAGCGAAUUAGAUACAAAAUGAAAAUAUAUUAAGUUUAACAAAUAUUUCUACUUGACUGUUUAGCCAAAAAAUAAUUCCUUAGAAACAAUCCGUUUUUACAUUCCAAGUUUAUUAAACAAUCUUAUAAUUAGAUUUCUUUCUAGUCAUUUAAAUGGUAUACAUACAUACACAUGUAUAUGUAUAUUACGUAUCGAGACACAUCGAUUACAAAAGACUUUUAAUGGAACCAAUUUAUUCUACUGAAUUAGAACAGAUUUCAAACUUACAUAAGACUUCUUCGUACAUUUUAAGACUUAAAAUGCCAAUCAUUCGUUUAAGCUGUUAUUACAUUUUGACCAAUACCUUACUUUCGAAAUUUUUGUCUACUUAAAAAUAAGAAAUAAAUAAAUAGAAAAGAAAAAAUAAACAAGAAGUAAAAAAGAAAAAAAGUGAUUAGAAUCAAGGAAAAUUUUCAUACAUAUUAUCAAGGAUAUUGACGAAUAUGCAAUCACGUUAUAUUAUUUUCUCAUUUUUUUAAUCAAUAAAAUAUAAUACUUUCGAUCGCGUAAAUUAUCUAUCUACAAUCAAAACAAAAAUAUACAAUUAUUUAUAAAUAUUUCUGCCGAUAGGCCUUUACUAUGACCAAACACAGAAAAUAAAACGGCGACACGCACAGUCUGAAGGAACAAAAUGAUUUUUAGAAAAUCAGCGAAAUUAUAGAAAGCGUACAUUUCGUAUAGUUUUAGUUUCAAAUAAAAAUUAGAUAUUUUCUAUUCGGACCAAGAAAGAAAGAAAAAAAAAUAACGAAUACGACGUAAUUAGCAGAACUUAUCAGACGAUGAUUGAUAUAAAAAUUAUUCGACAUAUCCCUGCUUUCUUAUCUACGAUCAAAAAUUCUGAAGGAGAAAAACAAAGAAAGAAAAAAAAAAGAACAAAAACAAAAAAAAAAGAUAAUUUUCAGUAAAGUUCAAAAUCAACUUCCUUCUUGCUUAUGAUUGGUUGUGAUACGCACAAAAAAAAAUCCGUAAAAGAAGGAGAAUAAAAAACAGAUUACUGAAAAGACAAACAGAACAAAACCAAUAAAAAAAAAAAAAAGAAAGAAAAGAAAAAAGAAAUAAUGCAAUCGAGAUGGAACUUUAUUCCGUGGAAAAGGAUUCGUUUUUAAAUCUGCCUUAAGGUAGAUACCUCUUACGAAAUCCUAUUUAAUUUCUAAUCAUUCUAAAAACUAAUAUCUUUUAAAAGGGCUGGCCACAUUUCCUAAUAUCAAUAAUGUCCGAUUUUUCACGAACUCUCAUAACUCUGUUUCUUUCUAUCUCUAUCUCUCUUUACUCCUAUCUCUUAUCUACAUCCUUUUGUUUUUCUUUUUCUAUCUUCUUUCAAUUCUUUGACUAUCAUGCCUUUUCUUUUACUUAGAUAUUAAUAACACACAUACAUAUAUACACACGUGCACACGCAAUACGGUAUACGACUAAACGAAUGUUCAUAAUCGUAUAUCUUUUGCUUUUUUGCCAGAGUAAGAUUAGAAUUGAAAAUUCUAAUGGGAGAGUUUCAUUUGAGCAAUACACAUUUUCUAUCAUUAUAAAAAAUGAUAGAAAUGUGGCAAAAAUAAUUGCAAAGAGUUACAUCUAAAAUUGUAAUUUUAAGAUUACAGUAUAUACAUACACAUACAUACAUACAUACACACACACACACAAUGUAAAUGUAUUAUAUACAUGAUAAACCGAUAUGUAGUUGUACAUACACAUUGAUCUGAUAACACAACAGCACUUUAUCUUCUAUGCGUGUUCGUUAAUAGCAUAUUUAUGCAUAUAUACAUAUAUACAUAUAUAUACAUACGUAUAUAUGUAUGUAUGUAUAUAUGUUGGUCUAUAUAAUAUAUACAUAACAUUGACAAAUGUUGUAUAUACCUUAUAUGACUAUGCAUGUAACAUUUAUCGAUGCUAGAAAUAAAAGAGCGCGUAGAUAUUUUAGAAAUGUCUUGAAUUUUUUAAAAACAUUGUAAGUACUCAAAGAGAAAAACUAAUAUAAACUGUAACUAUCUAAAAGAGAGGCAAAAAAUAUAUUCAAAUAAAACUUAAUCUCUUCAAAGAGAAAAUAUAGUAAGGAAAGAAAGUAAAAAAGAUACACGACACGGUGUAUUUAUUAGAAACGUUUGGAUGUUAUAUAAACGAUAGUUAAAUACAUGUAAGAUAGUAAAAAUUCAAAAUAUAAAAAACAAAGAAAAGAAAGAGAGAGAGAGAGAGAGAAAUAGAGAGAGACGGAGAGAAAGAGAGAUAAAAAUAAAAGAUUUAAACAAUAAAAAAAUCAUCGAUCGAACAUAAUUACCUAUAUAUAAUUGUAACGAAAAGAAAAACAAAAGUAUAUAUAUUCUCCUUGAAUUUUAUAUACUGAGUUAAAUAUACAAAAAUCAAUUUUGACGUAUAAAUAAAUAAAUCCUUUUUCCGUAACGAUAUAAAUAGCAUGUUGUAUAUGUAUCUGUAAAUCGUCGAGUUAUCUUUGUCUAAAUAUUGAUAAAUAAAUGUAAAAAUUAAUUAAUCUUUCCUUUUCUGUCUUCGUUAAGAAGAAUUCGUUUCUCUCUCUCUCUCUCUCUCUCUUUUUUGUUUCUUCCUCUCUGUCUCACACACACACACACACACACACACACACACACACACUUUCUCUCAAAAAUAUAUCGUACGUAAGAAGAAGAAGAAAAAGACGUAUAUCUACUUAAGAUAUAAUGAUUUAUCUGCGAAUAUAAACGCGCCGUUUAUAAAACACGUCGCGUCUCUCUUUCGAUAUAUUAAUCCUACUUAAUCUGUCAUUUCUUUGUAAAUAGAUCUUGAACUGUACUUGCGACAUUUAAAAUAAUUAUCUGCCUAUGUAUAUGUACAUAAGGAAAAGGUGUCGAACGAGAUCGCAUAGAAAUAAAAUUAACAUUAAAAUUCUGCUUGAUUAAGCUCGCAUAGGAACAAAAAAAAAGAUAAUAAUAGAGAUCUAUCUUGUAACAAGAUAAAAAAUAAAAUAUUGAAUAAAAGAGCCUCUUUACGGUGAAUUCUCGGGCUUCCGUUUUCGAAAAAAGAAAAUUUUCAUCUGAUCGAACUAUAACUAUUAUUAUUAACUCUUUAGCUACGAUUAGAAGAAGAAGAGCUUCCGUUUAUGCAAUUAAACGUAACUUAAACAAUUAAACGUUAAUAUAAACCUACAUUGAUGUAAAAAUUAUAAUAUUUUUAUUUAUUUUCAUACGUACGUAAAAUUGAGAACAACCAACAUUUACGGAAAUAUUCUCUUUCUCACGGAACGUAAGUAAAUAACAAAGUAGUUAUUUACACGGCUUUCGAAGCAAGAGAACAAGCGAGCCAAUAUAGUGGUUCUUCGUUAAAAAAUCUCAUCGACAAAGUGAAGCCAUUAUAAUAGAAGCACUUGCAUCACAAAAAAAUAAGUUAACGGGAAGCCAUUAUAGUAGCGCAAUAGUAGCUAAAGAGUUAAUCGCGUUUAUCGUAAAAAUAACUUAGACGUAAUUACGAUCGAGUCGGCGCCUUUUUUCUAUCUCCAUAGUUGGUUAUUUUUUCAACGUUUUAGUCGUUUUGUUGACCAUUUACCUCGUAGGUCAUUUAGAGACCUCGAAUAUUCUCAUUGUUCGAUCGAUUGCCGAGAUCCCGUGGUGGGCGGAAAGAAAAAAAAAAAAAUAAAAAUAAAAUAAUAAUGGUAUCGAAUAAAAAUAUAACUUAAGAUAUUUCUCUUCGAGUAGUAAUUAUGAAAAAACAUAGGCAAAUUGUAAAAUUUCCAAACUAGCGUAUAAUCUAAUGACUUGUAAGUAGCUAGCACACUAUCCUUCUUUAUCCUUCUCUCUCUUUCUCUCUCUCUCUCUCUCUCUCUCUCAUUCUCUCUCUCUCUCUCGCUUUCUCUUACUCUUUCUCUCGUGAAUCGUCCAUCUAGUCAAUCUAUUCGCUUCUUUCUCUUUCUCUCUCUCUCUCUCUCUUUCUCUCUCUCUUUCUUAUUCUCUUUAUCUAUCUAUCUAUCCACCUUAUAAUCGAUACUCGAUUCGUCGUGAAAAAAAAAAAAAAAACUAAAAACGAAAAAAGAUCAUUAUAAUAUCACAAAGCUUCUAUUCCUCUACACGCAUCUUCCGUUAUCAAUACAUAUGACCAUGUCUGUGCGAAAAAGACAACGAAUCUAGUCGACAUACGUUUAUUUUGAAAUUACCCAUGUAAAUGCAAGACUUUUGUCCGUCUUUUUUGAUUUACAAAUAUGUUAAAUGCGAUGCAAAUAAAACUCUCUUUUAUCUUCCGUCUUAUAUUAUGUGUAUUAUAAUUAACUGUUAUACAGACCGUUGUAAAAGAAGAUAUACUAAAAAUGAUCCCGUAAUGUAAAACUUUUUAAAGAUUAAAUCAUUUUACGAGUAACGAUCAUUAUUAUUAUUAUUAUUAUUAUUAUUAUUAUUAUUAUUAUUAUUAUUAUCAUUAUUAUCAUUAUUAUUAUUAUUAUUAUUAUUAUUAUUAUUAUUAUUAUCAUUAUUGUUAUUGUUAUCAUCAUCAUCAUUAUUAUUAUUAUUGUUGUUGUUGUUGUUGUUGUUGUUGUUCUUGUUAUUGUUAUUAUCAUUAUUAUUAACAUCGUCAUCAUCGUCAUCAUCAUCAUUAUCAUCGUCAUUAUCAUCAUCAUCGUCAUCAUCAUAAUUAUUAUUAUUAUAUAUUAUUAUUAUUAUUAUACAUUAUUAUCAAUCCGUCUCCGCCAUUCGCAUGUUUCGAAUAAUUGAAUCUGAUAUAAAAUAAAAACAAUGGAUCUGAUGCAAAAGUGAAAAGAAAUUAGCUGGAAAAAGAAAAUAAAAUAGCUUCGACUACACUUAUCCAAAAACUCGUGCGAAAGACUAUGAGACGGAUGCCGUGUUAAUUGUUGGCAAAAAGAUCUUGUUAAAAGUUCCCCUUGUAAAAAAAAAAAGAAAAAAAUGAAAGACAAAUGACUUCUCGUGAUGAUCGAUGUCCAUGAAAACUUCACGCUUUCGGUAGCUUCAACGACACAACUUAAAAUUAAGGCGAAUAUUCUCUAUUACGUAAAAUAGAUGGUACUAUAUUAUAAUUUUAUCGACCGAUCGUCAUUUCUCAUAAAACAACGACCGAGAUUAUUAAUUAAUAAUAGAAAAAAUCGAAAAGUUCAUAAGAACGACGAAGGACGACCUAAAAAAAUAAUUAAGGGCCAUUAUCUUAUUCCUGCUAUGUGACGAUGAUAAAAAUCGAUUAUUAUGUCUAUAAUAAUUUCGAUUGAAAUCGUUGAUCGAUUUUACGCUUCACGUUGCUACAUCACGAGAGUCACGUUUUCUUUAUAAUGAUCAAAGAUUUCAAAUGUGAACGAUUGAUGAAAAAAAAAAUACAAAAAUAAAUACAAAAGAUAAUAAUAAUAAAAUAAUAAAUCAAUUGUAAUUGACUCAAAAGUGCAAAAUAUACAAACAUUUAACGUUAA